UCUGGUAUGAUGCUGGCUGUGGAGCAUGUCAAAAGACAUUUGGAGAACAGAAGAGCAUUUCGAAGGAUUGUAUGUGCAAGCCCAAGACAUUGCCUCAUCAUUAGACCUGGUGCCCAUCAAGAUGCCCCAUAUCCGCUGCCCUCCAAAACGAUUAUCUGGACCAGCUGAGCCACAUAUUCACCCCUCUGCAGAGUCAUUCUACAGAAGCCACUAUUUCAACAUGCUUGACACAGCUGCUCGGCAGCUUACACAGCGCUUUGAUGACCCGGGUAUUCAUACACUCGGACGUUUGGAGAAGGUCCUUAUCAGCGGAGAGAUGGAUGAUAUCAUCAAGAGCUACCCAGAGUUGGACCAAGUAGCUCUAAAGGUGCAGUUGUCGAUGCUGAAGUCCACCUAUCAGUACAGCAACUGUGGGGAUGUGGUGGACCUGCUAAAGACCAUGGUGCCUGAGGUCAGGAGUCUUUUUAAACAAGUAGAGACACUCCUGAGACUUUUGCUUGUAGUUCCUGCUUCUUCAUCACAGGCUGAACGAAGCUUCAGUGCUUUGAGAAGGCUAAAAACCUGGCUGAGAACCAAUAUGACGCAAAAGAGGUUGAACCAUGUAGCUGUGUGCCAUGUGCACAGAGAUAGGUUGGACAGAAUUGAUAGAAAACAAGUCUGCAAAAGCUUAAUAGCCAUGAGUGACAUCCGCAAGAAUGUGUUUGGAUCAUUUUAAUAAAAGUGUUAAGGGUGGCAUGUUACAAAGUAUGCACUGGUUCAUUUCAUAUGAAUAUUUAAAUUCAGCUUUGACUUAAUAGCCUGUAUUUAGCGGCUUUACUGAUAUAGGUUUCAUAAACCUUCUUGAAGUUUGUGUUUGAUUUAUAAAGAUGUGUCAAGAAUUUAAUUGUGAUGCAAAAAUAAUCUUUUUUAAAUACAGCAUUUUGAAAAUAGGACCUACUGUAUGAGCCUACAUUGGCCUACAAACUGUAUUUAUUAUAAUAUGUGGCUAGUGGCUUGAGCACUUCAGCAAGUUUAUUUUUAAACUGAUAAGUUACUUUUGUUUAAAUUUGUACAAAAUAAAGAGCAUUUUCCCUCAUUAGUACAUAACUGUUUUACUAUCAUUGCUCAAGACUUUAUAUUAGAAUAUUGUUAUCCUGUAACAGUAAUUUAAUCAAAAUGUUUAUAGCCACUAUAUGUUUAUAGAAGAAUAUAAGAGAGAGAUCACUGGCCGCUUUGUUGUCAAUUCAGGCUUGUAAUUGAUGCCGAUGCUGUAAUCAUUACAGGGUGAGUAUACGUUGGUUUGACGAUCAGAUGUAAUAAAAUGCCUUGUUGUGUUAUACAAUUACAAACAUUGGGACUCUGACUUUUAUUUUAUUUUGAUUAAAAAAAAUUGUGUGCAUGCGCCAACACAAAAAGUCCCACAGCUGUCCCCCCCAAUGUGUG